GCGGGGCCCUGUUCCCACACGGCCUAUGCGCAGCGCGCCUGCGCAGGCCGAGGGCGGUGGCGCUGGUCCUGGAAGCUCCAUUCCUUCUUUGCGCCGGCGGUGUGGACGCAGCUCACAGUGGGGAAACGCGGCUGAGUAGAAACAGGAGAAAAUGAAACAUUAAAAGUGGCAGCUAUGCGGCAGAUCUUAAGUGAACCAUGGCAACAUCAGGUGACUGCCCCAGAAGUGGACUGCAGGAGGGAGAGGAGCUUGUCCAGCUCAGUGAACAUGAGACCCCCCAGGAGGCUGGGCACCCGGAGGAGUUUGUGGCCAUUGCAGACUAUUCUGCUACCGACGAGACACAGCUUAGUUUUUUGAGAGGAGAAAAAAUUCUCAUCCUGAGACAAACUACUGCUGAUUGGUGGUGGGGAGAACGUGCAGGCUGCUGUGGGUACAUCCCAGCCAACCACCUGGGGAAGCAGCUGGAGGAGUGUGACCUGGAGGACACGUGGCAGGACGAGGAGUACUUCGGCAGCUACGGGACCCUGAAACUGCACUUGGAGAUGCUGGCAGAUCAGCCGCGAACAACCAAAUACCACCACGUUAUCCUGCAGAAUAAAGAGUCCCUGAAGGAUAAAGUGAUCCUGGAUGUGGGCUGUGGGACCGGCAUCAUCAGCCUCUUCUGUGCACACCAUGCGCAACCCAAAGCCGUGUACGCGGUGGAGGCCAGUGAGAUGGCCCAGCAUACAGGGCAGCUGGUCAUGCAGAAUGGCUUUGCCGACGUCAUCACCGUGUUCCAACAGAAGGUGGAGGACGUGGUGCUGCCUGAGAAGGUGGAUGUGCUGGUGUCUGAAUGGAUGGGAACAUGUCUGCUGUUUGAGUUCAUGAUCGAGUCCAUCCUGUAUGCCCGGGAUGUGUGGCUGAAGGAGGGUGGGGUCAUCUGGCCCACCACGGCCGCGCUGCACCUCGUGCCCUGCAGUGCCGACAGAGACUACCGCAGCAAGGUCCUCUUCUGGGACAACGCCUAUGAGUUCAACCUCAGCGCUCUCAAGUCUCUGGCGAUUAAGGAGUUUUUUUCGAAGCCCAAGUAUAACCACAUUUUGAAACCAGAAGACUGCCUGUCUGAACCGUGCACUAUAUUACAGCUGGACAUGAGAACUGUGCAGAUCGCCGAUCUGGAGACGAUGAGAGGCGAGCUGCGCUUCGAGAUGAGGCGGGCGGGCACCCUGCACGGGUUCACGGCCUGGUUCAGUGUCCGCUUCCAGAGCCUGGAGGAGGGCGAGCCGCAGCUGGUGCUGAGCACGGGCCCCUUCCACCCCACCACGCACUGGAAGCAAGUGCUGUUCAUGAUGGAUGAGCCAGUGGCAGUCCACGCAGGGGAUGUGGUCACAGGUGCGGUCGUGCUGCAGAGAAACCCGGUCUGGAGGAGGCACAUGUCUGUGGCCCUGAGCUGGUCUGUCACGUCCACACAAGACCCCACCUCUCAGAAAGUUGGAGAAAAGGUCUUUCCAAUCUGGAGAUGACAGUGACAUUCUGCUGGGGAAGCAGAGUGUGUGGAGUGAGCUUUGCGCCGCCUGCAGGUGGCAACCCCUGUGUGUGGGCUGGGAGCCCGACAGGCCCCCCGCAGAGCACGGCGGAGCUCAGUGGAACUGCCCUCACGCUGUCGCUGCCUGUGUCUGUCCUCUAGAAGUAGGCUGUGUUUCCAGGUGUCCCCCAGUGCUGUCCACAGUGUCCACCUGUGGGAGGAGGUGCCACAGUGCCCCUAAGCGAGAUCUGGGCUGCACUGGCCAGACGCAUACACCCACCUCGUGCUCCUGUGAAAAUCUGUUGCAUCAUGUGUCAGUGGCGUCCUGCUGCCCCCGCUCACCCAUUUGCCGUGCAGAAUGUGGGGUUGCACAGAGCCACGCAGGACCUGCAGGUGGCCAUGCAUGCGACAGGACCCUGCAUGGGGUAGUACAGCUGUAGAGCGGUCUUCCAAAUAAGUUACAUGGUGGCACAUAGUACAUGCUCAAUAAACAUUUUUAAAUAAGUGAA